CUUCACGCUGGGGAGAAGCCCUACAAGUGCUUGGAGUGUGGGAAGAGCUUCAGCCAGAGCACCCGCCUGAUCCAUCACCGGCUGAUCCACACUGGGGAAUGGCCCUAUGAGUGUCGGGAAUGUGGGAAGGGCUUCAGAGACAGCUCGAGCCUGAUCCAGCACCAGCGCAUCCACACAGGGGAGAGGCCCUAUGAGUGUUCUGAGUGUGGAAAGAGGUUUUCACAGAGCUCCCAUCUCGUUGGCCAUCAGCGGGUGCACUCAGAGGAGAGGCCCUUCUGCUGCCCAGACUGUGGGAAGGGCUUCAAGAAAAACUGUGACCUUGUCACCCACCAGCGCAUCCACACUGGGGAGAGGCCCUACGAGUGUCCUGAGUGUGGGAAGUGCUUCAGCCAGAGAUCUCACUUGGCCAAACACCAACGCUGCCACCAGUAA